GACGCCGGGAGCUGAAUCGUUUCUGCUCGGUGAACGCUGGUGGGGGAGGAAGGGCUUUUUCCGGCUGGACCGAGGGGCGGCUGGGAACCUUGAAGGGCACUGGUUGCGGAAUUUGUGGCUUUGGCGAGGUGGGUGAGAUUAGAAUCAUGGCAGGACCAGAAAGUGAUGCCCAGUUCCAGUUCACUGGAAUUAAAAAAUAUUUCAACUCUUAUACUCUCACAGGUAGAAUGAAUUGUGUACUGGCCACAUAUGGAAGCGUUGCUUUGAUAAUCUUAUACUUCAAGUUAAGAUCUAAAAAAACUCCAGCUGUGAAAGCAACAUAAAUGGAUUCUAAACUGUACUUCAUCUAUUAAGUUCCCAUGCCUGGAGAAGCUAAUGUCACCUCAUCAUGUGAUACUCAAUUUGUACAAUAAAUUAUGAACCUGGAAAA